UUGUACACUAGCACCUUAACCAGAUAAUUUGUGUAUUUUUUCAGUUAUUUUUUUCUAUUGUUUUAUAUUGUAAAGAUGCCCAAAAGAAAGAUUGAUGGAGAGAAGGUGGCCAAAGCCAAGGAGGAGCCCACAAGACGCUCUGCGAGGUUGUCUGCAAGACCAGCUCCUCCUAAACCAGCCCCAAAGCCCAAAAAAGCAGCUGCACCUAAGAAAGCAGCCAAAGGGAAGAAGGGAGCCAACCCUGCUGAAAAUGGUGACACCAAGGCAGAUCAGGCACCAAAAGUUGAGGCCUCUGGAGACGCCAAAUGAAAAAGCAUAUGAAUUUUUGACCCCUCUGUGUACUUGGUGACUGUACAGUUUGAAAUAACUAUUUUUUACCAAGUUUUAUAUUAAGAAUAUCAUUUAUAGUUUCACUGUUGGCUUACAUUUGAUGUACUGAUACUGUUUGAUGGGAGUUACUAUAUCUUAAGGUUUUUUUUCCUCUUGCCAUUUUUAAAUGAAAACCGUCCAUAUCGAGUUGUAAUAAUGGUUUACCCAUGAAUCUGGCUUUUAAAAGCUGAAUGUUACAUUGUUUGUCCCAAGGUUUUUUGUUAUUUUCUUGUUUUGUUUUGGGUUUUUUUUUACACACCAAACAUUUUCAUAAGGCAGCUAAAAGUGUGUUUCUAAAACGUUUUAAGGAAGUCUUUUCCUUAAGUUUUUUUCUCACAUGCUUACAAAAAAAAAUAUUUUAAGAUAUUGUACUUUCAUGUAUACAUUCUGAUUUUGUUCAGACAAAACAGUUAAAAAUAUCAUUUAAAAAAAAAUGCUGAUCCUUGUAUGAUUUUAUGAUAGGACUACCCCUGAGUAAAUUUAUAAUGUGAAAUUUAGUCAUUUUGUCAAACUGAUAUAAAUGUUGUUUAUAUUGUUAAAUUAUAUGUUUAAAAAAAAAAGUUGAAGGAUGCUUUGUGACUCCUAAAGAAUGAU